AUGAGUGAGGCAGUUGUUUGCAAUGGAUAUGAUCAACAGGAGACUAUCUCACACACAGAAACUACGAUCACUCCAAUCUCAUCAAGUUCAAGGGCAAAAACCUGGUCUGAGGAACAAGAGCAUGUUUCUCCAGAGUAUUCGGUAAAACUAGCUCCAGAGGCAGCACCAAAAUAUUGUGUUGCUGAAAGUGAAAAUGGUAGUGACUAUACAAAAGUUUCUAUUGACUGCUUGUCAACUGAAAGCGAUGGUUCACUUCUACACAAAGACGAGCUAGAAAAGAAACCAACCGUGCUCAAGUCACUAGCUGCAUUAGCUAGUAAGGAGGACAAAGACGACUGGGGUAAUCCCACUGAACAAAGAGUUGAAGCUUUAUAUUCUCCUUUGGAGGUUUGUGUGUGCCUACUUAAGCAGGAAAAAAUUGAUGAGCUUGCUGGUGUGCUGAAACCAUUCAGGGAUGAUGGAAUGUCGUUUAGAGAAACAACAAUCUGGUUGACAAAAAGUCUCAUGACUGCACAGAAGUUGUCCAAGGGGUUGUGA